GAUAAACUAUAGUGCAAAUCAAAAAAGAAAAAAAGAGAACUAAGAAGGGGACUAAAAACAGGAGGACAGUUACGUCUUAACUACCAAGUCUUCCCUCAAUAAUUAGCCGGCUUUCGCUCUAUAGAAGACAAUGACCGAUUAGCUGAUUGAGUGGUUUUCAUAGUAACCACGACGCGUUUGCAGUAUGUCGCUUUGACACUCUUUCCAGAGGCCCUCUUCAGCUUUCAGCACUCGUCCAGUAUAAGAUUCAGUGUCAUGCAUCGUAUUGCCUGGCAUGGCAAUGGAGCUUCUAGUUACCUUUCUGUUGUUCACCACCGUCGCCUUUCCACUUUCCUGGUUAGCUUCUACUUCCCAAGCAGCAAGUGUGAGCACCGACCAGCUCGAGCUCCUGUCCUUCAAGAAGUUCGUAUCAGAUGAUCCCAAUGGAGUACUGAAAUCAUGGGGGAGAGCAGCAUCAAAUGUCAGUUACUGCCAAUGGCACGGUGUGAAGUGUGGUUCACGAGGGCGGCGGCGUGGGCGCGUCACAGCACUUGAGCUCCCCGGGCUCAAUAUCUCCGGCAUCAUCUCUCCUGCAUUAGCAAAUCUCACCUUCUUGAGGAGCCUCGACCUUUCCCAGAAUCACCUGCAUGGAUCUCUGCCCCAUGAGUUCAGCCUUCUUCAGAAUCUCAACCAUUUUGAUCUGAGCUUCAACACUCUGGAUGGCGAGAUCCCGCCCUCCCUUUCCCGUUGCUCCAAUCUUCGCAACAUCAGCCUUGGCUUCAACAACCUUCAAGGGGGAAUUCCUGAGGAGCUCGGUAAUCUUGUGGAUCUACAAUCACUCAGCCUACUGUAUAAUAAUCUAACAGGCAGCAUACCUGCUGAUUCUUUUCAAAAACUUCAGAAACUAGAGUACCUGUCGUUGGCAAACAACAAGCUUUCAGGGGUAAUUCCAGAUUCCUUUGGAAAUCUCAGUUCACUAACUUACCUUCAUCUGAAUAACAACAGCUUUACUGGUACAAUCCCACCAUCACUAAGUGCGCUCUCCUCUCUAACAAAGCUUGGCCUGAUGGGGAACUAUCUUACCGGAAACAUACCUCCAUCACUAGGAAACCUUUCUAAUCUCUUAUGGCUUGAUAUUGGAUUCAACAACCUCACAGGCACAAUACCUAGAUCGUUAGGGAAUCUGUACUCUCUUAAUUUGCUUGCAGUCGGUGCAAACAAACUUACAGGCCCUAUACCUCCUCAGCUUGGGAAUCUUCGAAACCUCACUUAUCUGUCUUUAGAGUUUAAUAACCUCACAGGCCACAUUCCUGAUUCCCUAUUCAACCUCUCUUCACUCCAACUAUUCUCACUUCAGUCAAAUAACCUACAAGGAUCAUUGCCAAAGGAAAUGGGUAAUAGCUUUCCCCAACUGAAACAUCUACACCUAGGUAUCAAUGAAUUUCAUGGGUCCAUCCCAUCAUCUUUAUGUAACUCAACAAACCUCAGGGACCUAUUACUAGAAUAUAACCAGUUUUCAGGAACGAUUCCCCCUUGUUUAGGACAGUUAUAUGGUUUGUUUAGGUUGGGGCUAGGUGUCAACCAGCUUGAGGCAAGAAACCCUACUGACUGGAACUUUCUCACUUCUCUAGCAAAUUGUAGCAUUUUGAGCUAUCUGGGCUUAUCAGCAAAUAACUUGGAAGGAAUGAUGCCAAGCUCCAUAGCUAAUCUUUCUACAACUUUGCAAGUUCUCUAUAUAGACUACAACAUAAUAGAGGGAACCAUACCUGAAGAAAUUGGAAACCUUGUUAGCCUAACACAGAUUGCAAUGGGUGGAAAUCUCCUACACGGCACACUUCCAGUUUCUGUUGGCAGACUAAACAUGUUGCAAGACAUAGAAUUUGAACAGAACAAACUAGAAGGGGCGAUCCCAGCAUCAUUUGGAAACCUCACACAGUUGACCCAACUUCGUUUGGCUGAGAAUUUACUCACCGGAAACAUACCGCCCAGUCUCGCCAACUGCCCACUUAACUGGCUGGAUCUACAGAGGAACAAGUUAACAGGUCCUGUACCAAUAGAAAUUCUACGAAUGCCAACCCUUUCUAACUUUUUGGACAUGCAAGACAACAUGCUGUCAGGUGCAUUGCCUUCAGAAGUGGGUAAUUUGAUAAAUCUCGAACAGCUUGACAUAUCCAACAACAGAAUUUCCGGUGAGAUUCCAAAAUCACUCGGUGAGUGUUUGCUCUUGGCAUACCUCAACUUGAGUAAGAAUUUGUUUGAGGGAUCCAUUCCACCCUCACUAAGUAAUCUACGAGGCCUUCAGAUGAUUGACCUUUCAUACAACAAUUUGUCGGGGAAUAUUCCUGAGUUCCUUGGAAACAUCUCCGGAGUUUACCUAAAUCUGUCCUUCAAUGAUCUUGAAGGUGCAGUCCCAAAACAUGGUAUCUUUCAGAAUCUCAGUGCAUUCUCCAUCACAGGAAAUAGUAGAUUAUGUGGAGGAAUUUCAGAACUGAGACUGCCUCCAUGCCCAAACAAGGUCUCCCAGAAACAUCACUCUCAAAAACUGAAGCUCAUAAUAGCACUCAUUGCAGCAAUCUUAUAUUGCAUCAUUUUGUUGUCCUUGCUGGCUUUAAGGUUUUCCAGGUGCAGAUCAACAAGGCAGUCCCAAUUUUCAGUAGCCUUGAUGGACAAAUAUCCAAGGAUUUCUUAUAGUGAAUUGGCAAGAGGAACAGAGGGGUUUUCUCAUACAAAUCUUGUUGGAGUAGGGAGCUUUGGAUCAGUAUACAAGGGAGUCAUACACUAUGAUGGUAAAGCUACAUCUGUUGCAAUAAAGGUAAUUAACCUUCAGCAGCACGGAGCAUCACAGAGUUUUAUAGCAGAAUGCCAGGCUCUGGGACAUGUUCGACACCGAAAUCUGGUGAAGAUCUUAACUGUUUGCUCAGGUCUUGAUUCUGCAGGCAAUGAUUUCAAAGCUUUAAUAUACGAGUUCAUACCCAAUGGAAAUCUUGAUGGAUGGCUGCAUAACCCUAGUAGAAGAGAUGGUAUCAAAACUACGUUAGAUAUCAACCAGAGAUUAGGGAUUGCUAUAGAUGUGGCCUCAGCCCUGGACUACCUCCACAAUCAUAAACCAACACCCAUAGUCCAUUGUGAUCUAAAGCCAAGUAACGUUUUACUAGAUUAUGAUCUGGUUGCUCAUGUAGCUGACUUUGGUCUGGCAAAGUUUCUACGUGAUGAUGCCAAUUCAUCACAAAAUUCAACUAGCAUGGGAGCCCUGAAAGGUACCAUUGGAUACAUUGCUCCAGAGUAUGGAAUUGGCAAUGAAGUUUCCAUUCAAGGGGAUAUCUUUAGCUAUGGGAUACUUCUACUGGAACUAUUCACUGCAAAAAGACCAACUGAUGAUGCAUUUAUGGAAGGUUAUAGCCUUCAUCAGUACGUUGCGAUGGCAUUGGGACACAAAACAACUGAAAUAAUUGAUCAAAGUUUGUUCCUAACCGAGCAUAGUGGAGCAUUCAAAUCAGACAUCACAAACAAGGAAGAGACAUAUAUUGCUUGUAUCACUUCAGUCCUCACAAUUGGCAUCCAAUGUUCAAAGGCGGAAACAACAGAGCGGAUGCAGAUAGCUCAUGUGUUAAGGGAACUGCACAGGAUAAGAGAAAACGUGAACCAGCAACACCUCCCACACUCCCCAGCAAUGCUGGGUGCAGAGUCUUUCCUGUUUGUUCUCCCUCUCCUUUCACUUGUUGCUAGCACGGACUCGGCCGUGAUAUCCAGUGCUGGAAUUGCCGCAAAUAAUGCUAGUGACCACCUUGCUCUCCAAUCGUUCAAGUCACUCAUAAGGAUUGAUCCAUUCCACGCUCUUGAGUCAUGGGGCAACCGCUCCAUCCCUUUGUGCCAAUGGCGCGGCGUGAUGUGCGGCAGACGAGGGCGCCGCCAUGGCCGCGUCACGGCUUUGGAUCUCGAGAACCUCAGCCUCGUGGGCGCUAUCUCCUCUUCAGUAGCCAACCUGACGUUCUUGAGGAAGCUGCACCUCCCUGGUAACCACCUGCAAGGGCUCAUACCCCAGGAGCUCGCCGCCUUGUCAUACCUACAGUCAAUUGUGCUCUUCCAAAACAAGCUUGAGGGGGAGAUACCACAUGAGCUCGGGUCCCUGCAGAAUCUCAAGGUACUCAAUGUUAGCUACAACAAGCUUACAGGAACCAUCCCUUGGGAGUUCAGCAACCUUUUGAACCUGGAGAUUCUCUACAUCGCACACAACAAUCUAACAGGAGAGAUACCAACUUGGAUAGGUAACCUUGUCAAAUUAAGAAAAUUCUCUUUAAGUGCGAAUCAGCUGACUGGUUCCAUCCCAAGUUCACUAGGAAACCUCUCAGCAUUGACUGAUCUUACACUGCAUACAAAUAAUCUGACAGGGAGCAUUCCACCGUUACAGAAUCUUUCAUCUCUCACAGCACUUGAAUUAGGAUAUAAUGACCUUACAGGAUACAUCCCUUCUCAGAUAGGAAAUCUCACAUCACUAGUGUGGCUGGAUCUUCAGUCAAACCGUCUGACUGGAGGCAUUCCAGAAUCACUUGGGAAUCUUAACUUGCUUGAAGCACUUGUCUUGGCUUUCAACAAUCUUACAGGUUCCAUACCCAGCUCCAUUGGAAACCUGCUUUCUGUCUCAAAGCUCGACGUAGACAAUAACGCAUUAGAAGGUCCGUUGCCUCCUUUGCUAUUCAAUCUUUCCUAUCUGGAAAUUUUCAGUGCAAAAGAAAACUAUUACCUCAAUGGAUCUUUUCCGCUUGACAUUGGCUACAACCUUCCAAACCUACAGAUAUUUCUCAUAGAUUUUAACCAAUUUCAUGGUCCCAUUCCACCCCUCUUCUGCAAUUCCUCUAUGCUUCAAAUGUUUGAAGCUGCAAGUAACUUGUUAACGGGAACAAUUCCUAAUUGCCUAGGAACUCACUUGUUUUCAUUGGCCUUGGAAAAAAAUCAGAUCCAAGCAACGCGAGAUGCUGACUGGGGUUUCAUGGCUAGCCUGGCCAAUUGUAGUGAUCUGCAGUUUUUGGAUUUGGGUUAUAACAGGUUUGCAGGUGAGAUACCAUGUUCAGUGGGCAAUCUCUCCACAGAUCUGGAGCAUUUUAGCAUGCUAUCCAACAACUUAACUGGAAGGAUUCCUGAAGAAAUAACAAACUUGGUCAAUCUGAACUGGCUUUCUCUAUCAGAAAAUUAUCUAGAGGGUGUUAUUCCGAACUCAGUGGGAAAACUAAAGGGACUAGGUCUAUUAGACCUAGGGGAGAAUUACCUAUCAGGAUCAAUCCCUCCAACCAUCGGCAAUCUUACAAAAUUAAGCAUACUUUCUCUUGGUGUCAAUAUGCUUAAUGGAAGCAUACCUUCUAGCCUUAUCGGAUGUCCUUUACAAAAAUUAGAAAUUUCAUACAACAGCCUCGUCGGCCCAAUACCUAGAGAACUUUUCUCUAUAAAAACACUGUCUGAUUACAUGCGCAUUCAAAAUAAUCUAUUAACUGGGACUUUGCCAAUAGAACUAGGUAAUCUCAAUAAUCUUGGGGAAUUAGAUUUCUCAGGUAAUCAAUUAUCUGGAGAGAUUCCAGUCUCCCUUGGAGCGUGCCAGUCAUUGCAGUAUCUCAAUGCAUCACAGAACCACCUUCAAGGAACAAUUCCACUAUCAGUAGAGCAGAUGAAAGGCCUUUCGGUGAUAGAUCUUUCCCACAACAAUUUGUCUGGGGACAUCCCUGAGUUCCUUGCUAACAUGAGAGGUCUUUCUACUCUCAAUGUUUCAUUCAAUAACUUUAAAGGUCAAGUUCCAGAAGAUGGAAUUUUCAAAAAUGCAUCUUCUAUCAUAAUCCUAGGAAACUAUGGCGUAUGUGGCGGUAUACCUCAGUUGAAGUUGGCACCUUGCUCCAGCCACAAUUCCAAGAAGCCACCUUUGAGGCUUAUAAUAGCAAUGUCCAUAGGCAGUGCAUGUCUACUUGGUAUGUUUGCACUGUUUGUAUUCUUCAUUUGGAAAAAGAAGACAAAGCAGAACCUCCAAGAACCAUCAACAAUCAGUGAGCGACAUAUAAGGGUUUCAUAUGCUGAAUUGGCCCGUGCAACAGAUAGUUUCUCAUCAGGAAACCUCAUUGGAGUAGGAAGCUUUGGCUCAGUGUUCAAGGGGAAAAUUAUGAUUAAUAAUUUACUAGUGACGGUUGCUGUAAAGGUGCUCAAUCUUCUACAACACGGGGCACCUCAAAGUUUUGCUGCAGAAUGUGAGACUUUGAGAUGUGCCAGGCAUCGUAAUCUUGUGAAGAUCCUAACAGUCUGCUCAAGUGUGGACUUUAGAGGCCUCGAUUUCAAAGCCCUCGUAUUUGAGUUCUUGCCAAAUGGAAAUCUAGAGCAUUGGCUGCACCAGCCAAUUGAGAUAGACGGUGAACACAAGUUGCUUGACCUCGUCCAAAGACUAGAUAUUUCUAUUGAUGUGGCUUCUGCGCUUGAAUAUCUACACCAGCACAAGCCAUCGCCAGUUAUCCACUGCGAUCUUAAGCCUAGCAACAUUCUCCUAGAUGAUGACAUGGUUGCUUGUGUUGGCGAUUUUGGGCUGGCAAGGUUCUACCAUGAAGACUACAAUGUCAGUUCUGAGAAAUCAAGUGCAUGGGCUAGAAUGAGAGGAACAACUGGAUAUGCUGCUCCAGAGUAUGGAUUGGGCAAUGAGGUUUCAGCCCAUGGUGAUGUCUAUAGCUAUGGCAUACUAUUGCUGGAGAUGUUUACAAGAAAAAGACCAACAGACAGUGAAUUUGGUGAUGAUUUCAGCAUUCAUAAAUAUGUUAAAAUGUCAGUGCCAGACCAAGUGGCUAACAUUGUUGACCAAUGCUUGCUAAAAGGGCCAGAUGACAUCGAAAAUAUAACCUCAGACUACAACAGAACUAGAGAUGCGAAGAUUGCUUGCAUAACAUCUAUUCUGCGUGUUGGAAUUUCAUGUUCAAGGGAGACACCAACAGAGCGUGCACAAAUUGGAGAUGCUCUGAAAGAGUUGCAGAAAAUAAGAGAGAGGUUUCGCAGGGAUUCACUCCAAGCCUCAAGUCACUGAAGUUGAAGUAUUCCAUGGUCUUUGAUGUGCAUGACAUCUUGCCAUGUUACAAUAAACCAUGUUGAAGAGGGAUUGCGACAAUGGAAGCUCUCCUACUUUCCUUCUAAUAUUUCGUUAAAAAGAAAAGAAAAAAAAGCCAGGAUUCCUCUUGUUUUAAACAAAGGAGAGUUGCUCUUCUGACCAAGUAUAUUGCCAUAUUGGUCAGGAUAUUGCUUUAUGCCUUUA